AUGGCCUUCUUCCCCCGCAACUUCUACAACUCCGACGCCUCCUUCACCCCUCUCUUCCGCCUUCUGGAGGACUUUGACAACUACUCCCGCCAGGGCAACGGCACUCCUUCCAGCGGCGCCCGCGGCACCCACCGCAACCACGUCCCGACCUUCCAGCCCAAGUUUGAUGUCCGCGAGGUCGAGGACGCCUAUGAGCUCCAUGGCGAGCUCCCUGGCAUGAGCAAGGACGACGUCUCCAUCGAGUUCACCGACCCGCACACCCUCCACAUCCGCGGCCGCGUCGAGCGGUCUUACACCGCCGGCACCCCGCCCGCGGGCCUCCUCCAGCAGUCCUCCGGAACUGAGAUGAGCGGCGCCAUCACCGACGGCGGUAACAAUGACGCCGCCAGCACCACCGGCACUGAGCGCCCUCGCUCGCCUCACCAGGCUACCGUCGAGGAUGAAGAGGACGACGAGACAAACUCCACCGCGCAGCCUACCCCCGCCACCACCGUCGCCGAGGUCGACAAGUCUGCCUCUGCUGUCGCGCACCACCACGCCGCCGCUGCCAAGAAGGAACCCGUCGACAACGCAAAGUACUGGGUCUCGGAGCGCAGCAUUGGCGAGUUCAGCCGGGUCUUCAACUUCCCCGGCCAGAUCAAGCAAGACGCCGUCUCGGCUGGGUUCAAGGAUGGUAUCCUUUCCAUCCGGGUGCCCAAGGCUCCCAAGCACGAGACUCGCCGCAUCUUCAUCAACUAA